AUGCCGAAUCCCGGGAAGAAGACACCCAACCCGAUUGAGAAACUACAGCAGGGAAAAAAACCUCCCUCUGGAACGGGGAAGAAUUCUUCCUCAGGAAAGGGAAGAAAACCUCCUUCCCAGUCGGGUGAAGAUGGUUUUAUCACCGUCGGCGGCAGGAAGUGGGACAAGCCACGGCAGCAGAAAGCUGCAGCCGCUGAGCAACCCGACUCCGGCGGCAAAGCUGCGAAAUCAGCAGCGGCAGCAAAGGUGCGGCCCAACACCCAAGACCCGAAAACGAGUCAGGGCGAGAACUCAUCCAGCAGCGAUGAGGAGGCUGACGACGACUCGGACUCACAGAGCCGCCAAGUCAACGACCACGACAACGACAGUAGCGACGAGGAGGGCCAGCUGAGCGAAGCAGAAUCGCGCGGCGUGGCAGGCGACAUCCUCGGAGCCCACGUGGAAGAGGGAGCUUUUGGAGGUAGCCGCCUUCAAAAAGGCAGCAAUCUCGAAAAGUUCGUUCUUCGGGAGCUGGAGACAGCAGUGCGUGAGGGCAGCAACCCUCACCCUGUCGUGCUCCAACUUGCGCUGGGAACGUCUGCCCUGCAUCCGGGCAUCGCACAGAAUGUAGAAACUCCAGACGACUCGGGACCCGCGAACACGACCACGUGUGUCUUCGAACGGAACAGCGCCGAAGACGGCGGUAAGGAACCAAGCACAAGAUCGAGUGUUGGAUCGGGCGGGGCAUACCUCCAUUCCGGCCUCCUGGUUAGCUUGGCCGACACCACCUUCGUCGGAAACAGAGCCGGUGCCGCUGGGCUGGCCGUUUCAAGCCUCGGGAUCAUCGAGAAUCUUACCGACACAACCUUCGAGUCCAACACAUAUUAUUGCCAGUCUGGACAGUAUGACAUCGGUGCGGAUGAAGACGAGGUUUCCGGAACCUAUCGAUUCGACGAAGUCUGUACAUGCUGCGCUGUCUCAAAUGCAGAGAUACCGGAGAGUAUGGUCGUCGCCAACAACGCCUUCGUGCCCAUAUGUGAAACGAUCAUGAAGGGAGCAUCUGGAAACGCGGGCGCAACUGUUGCCGCACUAGAGUUGGAUCCUGACUACUACCGCACGUCAGCCGAUAGCAGGGAAGUCCUCCAAUGUCACCAGGAGGAGGCAUGCAUGGGAGGCGUUGAAACCAGCGAGUAUUGUGCAUCGGGCUACGAAGGCGCAUUUUCGUCGGUGGUGAACGUGGUGUAUCCUGACGUCUACGAGAAGAGUCCUGUCCAUUCUGAACCUGGUAAACUUCAACUUUGGUUUCAUCUUGUCGGCCUAUGCGUCGUGGACUCCAACUACUAUGGCCGUCUCUUGUUCGCGACGAUCGGGCCGCUGGUCGUGUUGGCAGCUCUGGCCCUGACGUACGCCGUUUCGAGGUCACGGAACCGCCAUUCUCCUGCCGGGACACAAACCGCCAAACACAAGCACCUCUCGAUCGCGCUGUUCAUCAUGUUCGUCGUCUACUCGUGGGUAUCAUUCAACAUAUUCCAAACCUUCGUUUGCGAGACGCUCGACGACGGAGUGGAGUACCUACGGGCGGACUACAGCCUGCUCUGCUCGACUGACACCCACACGGCGAUGAAGCUCGUUUCCAACCGACACGACCUCGUGAAGGUUGACGCCAAUGGCGGUUCCACAGCAACCGCUAAAUCUUUGGGCAACCUUCAGUCCAUGCGAGAUCUGUGGGCUCCCUACAAACCCCGCAGGUACUACUUCGAAGUGGUGGAGUGUGGUAGGCUAAUUGCACUGACAGGUCUGGCCGGCUUUAUAUACCCCGGCAGCGCGGCGCAGGUAGCUCUGGAGGUGGUGUUCGCCGCGUUUUUCAUCGGGAUUUCCGAUGCUCUGUCGCCCUUCGCGGACCCUUUAGAUGCGUGGCUGUAUCGCUCUGGCGCGUGGGUGAUUUUCAUCAGCAUUCAAAGCCAAGAGCUUUUCGCGAAGCUACUCAUCUCGGCGCAUGUCGGCAUGGUGUUGGCGAUAGCCGUCCAGGCCGUGCUCUCCGUGAAGGGCAGCCUUGUGGUUAUGCGGGACCAACCGAUUCCAAUCCAAGGCUUCCGGCUCUCGAGCCUCGCAGAGGUUUGCGAUUGGGAGAGUAAUGCUGGCAUCAAAGGGGCAGCACCAUAG